GUCUACAGACUUUGGUUCAAUGAUGGCGUCUUCUUCUGAGGGGUCUGUGUCGGUCUGUGAUGGCCAAAUCGAAAGUGGUGCAUCUCAGAAGAGAGAGGAGAGACUCCGAAAAUUUCGGGAACUACAUUUCAAAAGGAAUGAAGCGCGCAAGCUGAAUCACAAGGAAGUUGUGGAGGAGGACAAGAGACUGAAGCUGCCAACUAACUGGGAGGCUAAGAAAGCCCGCCUGGAGUGGGAACUAAUGACAGAUGAAAAGAAAAAGGAGUGUGCUGCCAAAGGGGAGGACUAUGACCGGGUGAAACUGUUGGAGAUCAGUGCUGAGGAUGCGGAGCGAUGGGAGAGGAAGAAAAAGAAGAAGAAUCCUGACCCUGGAUUCUCAGGUUACGCGGAGGCCCAGCUACGACAGUACCAGCGUCUCACCAAGCAGAUCAAACCAGACAUGGAUGGCUAUGAGAGGCAGCGAGAGCAGUGUGGCGAGGACUUCCACCCGACGUCCAACAGCCUGAUCCACGGAACCCACGUCCCAUCAAAGGAGGGCAUCGACCGCAUGGUGGAGGACGUGGAGAAACAGAUUGAGAAGCGGGCCAAAUACAGCCGCCGCAGGGCCUACAACGAUGACGCAGACAUCGACUACAUCAACGAGAGGAACGCGAAAUUCAACAAGAAGGCAGAGCGGUUCUACGGCAAAUACACAGCUGAGAUCAAGCAGAAUCUGGAAAGAGGCACAGCUGUCUAACUGAACUGGUCCGUCCGAGUGUGCGCUUCUAUUUCCUCUGAAGCCUUUAAUUAGUCACCAUGGUCACAGGACCGGUUAUGUACAUAGAAAUCCCAUUUCAGUGGGUCACAAUGCUGACGUAUUUAUAAUGACGGGGUCUAUUCGGCUGAACAGUCGUAAUGUUAAUUUACGAUUGAGCCGACAUGCAGCGUUUAGCAUGAAUGCAGUUUUUGUUGGUAUAUGUGGUAACACAGCUUUUCAAUAUCAACGAUGCUGUUUUGUUGUAUUUCCACUGUAAGAUUUGAAGAGCGCCAUACGUUGGUAUUGUUACACUGGCGUUUAAGAUACAUUUUUAUACAUAAAGGACUUUCUGUAUUGAUUCCAUCACGACUUUGAUCAGUGUAAAUGCUGGACUCUUGAGUAAGACGCUCCUUUAAUGGUAUUCCAGAACGUCAGUGUUUAUUGUAGUGUAUCAACACAUUUUCUUUAAAUAAAAUGUCUUGUAUGUUU